AUGUUGUUAGACGACCACAUCCUUAGCGCUUUUCCUGAUUACCGUCAUUCAAUGCUAAAGGUAUGCCGCAUUCCUGUUACCCACGUCAGUGGGCUCCAGAUUUCGGGUCAAGAGAAACAAUCUCAGACGGCGUGCUCUUUUGGUGAAUAUGUAGACGUUGUUGUGACAUCUGACAACCUCAAAGUUGACAAUGUCAUCUAA